AUGACAGAUACAGAUGAUAAUUUGCCAACAGAACCAGAACCCUCUACGACACCGAUUCUGACUCAAAUCUCUGUGGAACACCUAACAAAUGAUAUUGAUCACAUAUCUGGAUCGGAUGAUGAAGAUUAUCAACCAAAAUCAAAAACGUCCACACCUGAUUCAAAACAAUCCGCAAAUGUUGUUGUAAAACUUCCAUUAACGAAAAUAAAAUCAUCUCUAGUUAGUGAUUACUACUCAGAAGGGGAAGAAGAAAAUGGAAACGAAAUUGAAGAAGAAGAAGAAAUAACGAAUGUGACGAUAGAAUUAAUGGACACUACACCGUCGAAAGCUUCAGAUGCAUCUCCGGCAACACAAGAAUUGUCUCAAGGCUUAAUAUUUCCUGAAGACAAUGAUAUAAAAAUACCACCAGAGCCGACAAAAACCUGUUCGGCUAAAUUAGAGGAAUUGUAUGAUCCUCAUUGGUGGGGAAAAGACAGUUAUUAUGAUGAACUCGGAAAAGCACAAAAACUGGAAAUGGAGAAACGAGAGAAAGAACGCAAAGAUAGAACGAAGAUACAAUAUGUAGCCGGUAUAAAAAAAAUUGAUAUUUCAGAUAUACGAUCAGCCACAGAAACGGGUGGUGAUAAACGAAAAACACGUUUUGAUCAAUGA